AUGAUUGCUUUUGCUUGGGGUUUUGACUUGCCAGAUGGCCAGGUCUUCGCUCUGGAUCUUACUGGAGAGGCGGAGAUCUCGGCGCUCAAGGACAUUAUUUCAGUGGAGUUGAACAUACCCCCCGAAAGACAGCGGAUUCUACUGGAUGGCCAGCCACUACGGAACACUGCGAGGACUCUAGCGGAGGCGGGGGUGGGAGAGGGAGCCAUGCUGCUCGUUCUCAAUGAAGCCCCUGCACCUCCAGUGACAGCCGCCUCUCGUGUCAUUUCUGGUGCCACUCAAGAGCGUACACAGCGGGCACAGCAGGCACCGGCGCCCGCAGCUCGAACGCCGCAGCGGCAGCAACUUCCUGCCACAUUGCCCUUCGAUUUCUCAAGCAUCGUCGUGGACGGUGGUCGAGUCGCUCAGUUCCCUGCGGGGGGGAAUAGUGGGCCACCCCCAAGCACAUCUUCUGCGCCUGCUUCCAGUACUGCCACCUCCCCACUUGCCCCUGCAGGGGGAACUGCUGCUGCGUCAUUGACAUCUACCAUAGAUGCACAGGUAAAAGCACUGAUCCGGCGCCGCGCAGAAGAGGCGGUGGCCGCAGCAACAGCGGAUCCCGCAUCCCUGAGCAUCAUCCGAGUACAGAAUCCAGUCAUUGGAGAUGCCAUAAAAGCUGCUGUAGAUGAGCGCCAGGCAGCUACUCUUCCAAGAGGAACAGAUGCAGCUCAACCAGCGGAGGCUGGAGCAGCGAUGAAGCAGUUGAUGGAACUCCUAGAAAAAGAAUAUGAAGCUCAGAAAAAGGAGGCUCAGCAGUUCUUGCUAGAGGAGCUGCAACAGGAAAGAAUCAAUGAGAACUAUUCGAUGGCACGAGAGCAUCUGCCUGAGGGGUUUGGAUCUGUGUGCAUGUUAUACAUAGACGUGGAGAUCAACGGAGUUCCGUGCAAAGCAUUUGUAGACAGCGGCGCUCAGCAGUCGAUUCUGUCAUUAGCAUUUGCAGAGAAGUGCUCCCUCUCGUCGCUCAUAGACAAGCGUUUUGCUGGGUUAGCGAUGGGCGUUGGCAAGGCCCCCAUAAUCGGUAGAGUGCAUCUGGCGCCCCUUAAGUUGGGCACAAAGUUCUGCCCGUGCAGUUUUAUCGUUUUGGAGGACACCAAGAUGCAGAUGUUGCUUGGACUAGAUAUGUUAAGGCGAUAUCAGAUGGUUAUCGACUUGAAGAAAAACGUCCUGAUUGUGGAAGGAGAGGAGAUUCCCUUUCUUUCCGAGGCGCAGAUCGACAAAGGGUUGUUUGGCACGGGGGAGGCAGAGAGUCAAAAUAGCUCAAAAGCAGCGGAAACAACCAAGUGA